GUCCUGCCACACAAAAAACAAUACAACAGUCUCUGACAUCUCGACUUGGUCUAAGACAACACUCGUACCAUUCUCGCACCAUUGUCACAAUGAAGUUCUUCACUCUCGCCUCUGUUCUUGGCCUCGCCGCCAUGGCCCAGGCUCACAUGGAACUGUCAUGGCCUUAUGCCUUCCGCUCCAAGUUCAACCCCAACGUGCCAGAGCCUCUGCGAGACUACAGCAUGACCAGCCCGCUGCUCCAGGCCGGCGGCAACUAUCCUUGCAAGGGAUACCAGGUCGACUUCAACAAGCCCGAGGGCAAGUCCGUCGUCACUUGGACAGCCGGCGGCACUUACAACCUUACGCUCUCCGGCACUGCGACCCACGAGGGUGGUAGCUGUCAAGUCUCGCUCUCCUACGACCAGGCCAAAACCUGGAAGGUCGUCCACUCCUGGAUCGGCCAGUGCCCUCUCAAGCCCACCUGGAGCUUCACCCUGCCCAACGAUACCCCUGCUGGAGAUGCCAUCUUCUCAUGGACCUGGUUCAACAAGAUUGGAAACCGUGAGAUGUACAUGAACUGCGCCCACGUCACCAUCAAGGCCCGAACCGGCUUUGCUGCACGCAGCCCAUCUGAUCCUUACAACGGCCGUCCUUCUCAGUUUGUUGCCAACGUCAACAACGGCUGCGGUACCCUCGAAGGCAAGGACCUGCUCUUCCCCAACCCCGGCCCGGAUACCGAUUUCAGCUCUUCUGGCACUGCUCCUCCUACUGGCACAUGCAACACCGGCAAGCGCUUCGCCCAGCCAUUGACUGUUUAAAUUGGAAGAGAUGUAAAAAUUGAGAAAGAGUUGAAAGAGAGGUUUGGUUAGCAGUGGGAAGCUACCGGUUGUGGUCAUUCUGAUUCAGUAUAUAUAUUUUUGAGAAGACGCUUUGUAUAUAGUCUUUAAAACCAUUGGACUCUCUUUAUAUAGCCAAGUCGAAGUCUAAAUUGUCGAUAGUUGUAGAUAAAUUGUACAUUGACAUC